AUGGAACUCAACCGAGAACAUUUUCGCGCCAUAAUUUGUUAUAACUUUCAGAGACAAUUAUCGCAACAAAAAUGCCUUGCUGAGUUACUCGCACAUCAGUCGACAAUUUCCCGUUGGUAUGGAGAAUUCAAACGUGGACGGGUGAGGCUUAGCGACGAUCCCAGGGUUGGUGCACCAAAAACCCAGGAAACCCAGGAAAACGUCGAUGCUAUUGAGGCGUCCUUGAAGAUCUCAAAGACCUCAAUCCAAAAAAAUGUACAUGAAGAAUUAGGAGUAAGAAAAUUAAUUUCUCGUUGGAUACCCCACCUGUUGACUGACGAGCAGAAAGCAGCCAGGGUUAACUGGUGUCAAAAAACGCUUGACCGGUUCAAUUCCGGAAACUCAAAAAAUGUGUACAGCAUUGUUAGUGGUGAUGAAUCGUGGAUUUACUGUGAAGAAAAUCCAACAAAAGUCUUCCGUUCUCGAAGUGUUUCGAAAAAGAUGGUCGCGACAUUUGUAACUGUUACUGCGGAUUGGUGUACCACCAUUUGUUUGCCAAAAGUCAUCACCGAGCUUCGAAAAAUCAACCCCGAAAGAAGAAUCAUCCUCCACCAAGACAAUGCAAGCUCGCACACAGCCCAAAAAACAAGGCAGUAUUUAACAGAAGAAAACGUGGAAUUUCUGCGUGGUCAAAGGUUCCAGUCAUCAGAAGAACUUGACGCAUUCAAAAAUGCCGUUUUAGAUCUGCCAGCAAACGAGUGGAAUAUGUGUAUUAAUCUUCUCGGAGAAUACUUCGAAAAACAAUAAAGUCAUUUAAAACUA